GAUGCCUCUUCCCCACGUACUCCAUUCACAGGCAGCGCGGGAGAGAGCGAGAGAGGAGGGAGGGGGGCUGAUCCGAUCCGGCGGGAAGCGAACCCUCCUCGCCAGCGAGUAUGACAUCUCUCCGUCCCCGACCGAGAUCAAAGGGAGCGGCUCAAUCAGGGGAUGCCAUUAUUACCUCGGCCACGCAAUUUCCACUAUCAAUAAUUUAAUCCGCAUUUGGAGCAUAAACGAAGAGCGGGGGGGGAGAGGGGGGGAACGGGACGAGGGAAAGGAGACCGCCCCGUCACGGAAGCGGACCCGACCCAGUGAGGGAUUACUUUUUCAUUACUUUUUUUUUAAUCCUUUUUUAAAAAAUUGCAUAUUCUUCCUUCCACCUCACUCUGGUCGCGGUGGGUGCGUCCCAUCGAGGCGUCUUUAUGUGGCGUGGUGACUUUGACAAGUAGGCGCCGUGUUUUUUUUUAAAGCAACACACAAAACAAAUCGUACCAAAAAGAAGCGAGAGUUCCACCAAGUGAAAAGAGUGAUGACCAUCCUUUUCCUUACUAUGGUUAUUUCAUACUUCAGUUGCAUGAAAGCUGCCCCAAUGAAAGAAGUGAGCCUCAGAGGACAAGGCAGCUUGGCUUAUCCUGGUCUUCGGACACAAGGCCAUCUGGAGGACUUGGGGGGCCCCAAUGAUGCCACGAGAGGACUGACAUCGUUGGCAGACACCUUUGAGCAUGUCAUAGAGGAGCUCCUGGAUGAGCAGCAGGCUAUCCAGCCCAGCAAGGAAAACAAAGAUGCAGACUUGUACUCGUCUCGGGUCAUGCUAAGCAGUCAAGUGCCUUUGGAGCCUCCCCUGCUCUUUCUGCUGGAGGAGUAUAAAAACUACCUGGAUGCGGCAAAUAUGUCCAUGAGGGUCCGGCGCCAUUCUGAUCCUGCGCGCCGUGGGGAGCUCAGCGUGUGUGACAGCACAAGCGAGUGGGUCACAGCAGCCGAGAAAAAGACAGCAGUGGACAUGUCAGGGGCAACCGUUACAGUCUUGGAAAAAGUCCCGGUACCAAAAGGCCAACUGAAGCAAUAUUUUUAUGAGACCAAAUGCAACUCAAAGGGUUAUACGAAAGAGGGCUGCAGGGGCAUAGACAAGAGGUACUGGAAUUCUCAGUGCCGAACUACCCAGUCUUACGUGCGAGCUCUCACCAUGGAUAACAAAAAGAGAGUUGGAUGGCGGUUUAUAAGAAUAGACACUUCCUGUGUUUGUACACUGACCAUAAAAAGGGGAAGAUAGUGGAUUUGUGUUGUAUAGAUUAUAUUGAGACAAAAAAUUUAUCUAUUUGUAUAUAUACAUAACAGGGUAAAUUAUUCAGUAAGAAAGAAAAUAAUUUUAUGGACUGCAUGUAUAAAUGAGGUUUAUACAGUACAGUGGUUCACAAGCUAUUUAUUGAACAUAUCCAUGACCUAAAGGGGAACAAAAGAGAAAAAAAAGAUAAUCCAUUUGCGCACAACUUUGAAAAAAAAAUUGCAUUACAUUCCUCUAAACAUUGUGGUUUGUUGCCGUUGCCAAGAAUUGAAAACAUGAAAAAAAAAAUUAAAAAAUUAAAUUGCAUGCUGCUUCAAUUGUGAAUUGAUGAUAAACUGUCCUCUUUCAGAAAAAAAAAUUGAACCAAAACAUUCCAUUUACAUUUUAGACAGUAAGUAUCUUUAUUCCUGUUAGUAUUAUAUCUGUUUACUGCUUUAAAAUUUCUUCUGGUAGCGUUGGAAUUAAAACAAUGUCAAGGUGCUGUUGUCAUAGUUUUACUGUUUUUUUUUUAAUUCCCACAUGGUUUUAAAAGAGGGGAGAGUUCCCCAUCAUCACCGUAUAUGUUUUGAAUAAAACAAAUUUGGGUUUUUUUGUAUGUUGUGAAGGUGUUUGCAAUAUCAAAUCAGACUACUGAAAAAAAUAAUAAAAAAGAGGCAACUGAAAAAGAUAGUGUUGAUGUUCCUCCCAGUGCUCUCUCCUAGUCUACAAGCAGCAUAUUCUGUUCUGUCUAGAUAUAAGAGCUAUUCCGUGAUUAUUGCUUGAAAGGUCUGCCUUUUGCUUGUUUCAUGUUUGGCUGUAUCUGGGUUUCCCUGCUUCGUCUUUCUUCUCUUGGGAAGGAAACAAAUUGCAAUCUUUUGUCCAAUAUAUUUUCCCACUCUCAUAGGACAUUGAGAUUUAAGGAGGUGGCUCCCAUCUAACAAGGGAGUUCUACAUGCGCAGUUGUUAUACAUCCAGCAUACUUGGUGUCAGGCCACACCGAACUUUGAUAGGCACAUCCACUGGUGGAAAAGACACACACACACACACACACACACACACACAGAGGGGCCAGUGCAAUGAACAUUGAAUCAAGGACAAAUAUCUUUUGUUGCUGGAUCAAAUGGCUUCUUGAUGUCCAGUAACAAAUCUCAGCAAAUGGGGAGUAGGGAAGUCAUGCAAAGAUCAGAUGAUCAUUAACCAGGUGCACUUGGACUGCCACAUUGUUGUAAGGUAUGGAUCCAUUGUACUCAUUGAGGAUCUACAAUCUAUUGGCAUAUGUUGGUUAAUCGAAGGUCUAGCAGCUGCUAUUAAAUGCAGCUCUUUGAGGAGUCAAUGAGCAGCAAAGGCUUUCCCUGUGAAUAAGGACAAGUAGAACAGCCUGAUGCUCUUAUUGUAAAGGGAAUGUCUGGUAUGCCCUAGUUCUCAAAAAUCUGCUCCUUUCCAUACUUGAGAUAAUAGAAAAGAAUCCAGGCCUGAAGGAGUGGCUCUGGAAUCAGGUAGGCAGAGCCUUCUACCUCAAAACCCAACUACCUGUUGAAUCUAGAAAUGCCUGUAAGGGUCUAUGUCUUUCUAAGGGGUAGCACACAAUAGCCUUAACUUCUACAAGAAACCUCAUCCUGUAGAACCACAGUUUUUCUUUAAAGGAAAAUCCUAAGAUGCAAUCCUGGCAUCAGUUGUAUGCACUUUAAUUAAAGCUGACUUCAGUGAAAUGCAUAUUGUGAGGAACUGAGCACAGAGCUGAAGCCUUAGGCCAUGGAUAAUUAGCAACAAAUUUAGCACAGCCUGAAACAUAAAUAGACAAUGAUUUUAAUAGAUUAAAGUCAUCACAGUAAGAAUUCAGCAUAGUUUAGGACUAAGUACAUUUUUUAAAGACACACAUUAUGUGGCCUAUGUUUUACAAUGCACACAAAGUAAUUUAUCAAGGAGUGUUCAGGCCGCAUGAAUAUUUCACAACAAAGAUGCAUGCUUUCUUGUGAAGGCUUCUGGUGAUUUGCUGAAAAGUGACCUUUGCUUUGAUGUUGGCCCUAGUUUGUCCAGAACGGUAGAUGGGGAGAGUCUGUGUCUGGAUUGUACCAGCCUGCACCACAGGGUGAGACAGUCUUCACAGAAACUUAGCAUGUUGGAGGGAAGACUAGGCAAGAAGCCCUUCUUCUUGAUACAUUUGAUCUUCUAUAUGAAGAGAACAAGCAGCAUCACUUGCAGCCUAAAGCAGUCCAGUCCAGGAUCUGGAUAAUUCCCUUUCUAUCUGCUCUUUUUGUGAUCUAGGUUAUUUUUAAAAAGCCAAUACAAUUCCACACUUUAAAGAUUCGUGUCUUAAAAUAAAACACUAGUAAUCCAAAUAUAAGAUGGUAUUUCACUUAUUGGAAUUUAACUUAGCCCUGGAAAGCAGCCCAUCUAAUCCUGUUAACACCCAGUUGCAGAAUUAUCAAAAAAAUACAGUUUUGAAUACAAGCAAAAUCUAAAUACACUUUUUCUAAAAGCAACAAAUAUCAAAGCUUUUUACUGAUUUUUAGUAGUUAAAGAGCAGAGAUGGCUCAACUUAUUACAAAAUGUAUAUGUUAUCCUUGGACAUGUGUUUGUUGUUAAAACACAAAUUCAAUUUUUCAAUGGCAAUAUGCAGGUAGUCCCCAUUCCAUCAAUCAACUGUCUACCUAAGUCACAUAGAUAGUUGUUACCUUAAAAGAAAGCAGGUGUGGCCAUAGCCUUACUGGCUAAGAAAUGGAUAUUUUCACUUUAUUAUUGUAAUAGAUAGUUAAUACUACUACAAGCUAUAGACAGAUUAGACUAAUUGACAUCUAGGGCAUGCUACACCAGGAUCACUUUGUAAGAUUAUCUCAUUAGCCAGAAGUUGCUAUUUGGUGGCACAUUUGAAAGUUGGAAGGCAAGCAUUGAUGUGUCUCUAUGUGAUAAUAAAACAUGACAAUCCUGAUUUCAUUCCAGUGUAUUAGCCUAGUACCCUGUUUUAUGGACUGAUGUUACACAAUCCUCACUUUAUGUGGCAAAGUAAUAGUGACACAUUCUCAAAGCAUGUCUGUUGAUGUAAAUAUUAUUUGUCUUCUAACUCUAUUGUGUAUAUAACUAGGUCAACAAUCUUUCACUCAAUAAUAACUAGUCAGCCACUCAACUCCCUCUAAUAUAUUGCAGUCGGCUCAUAUUUAGGAUCAUGGUCAUGGUCAACACUGAAAGUAAAAUAAGUAUUGUAUCAUAUAUACUACACUGAUUUGGACUGUGUAAAAAAAAAUCUGGAACAUAGGUAUAAUCUCAGCACUAGAUAAAAAGUACAGCUAUUUCUAAUAAGAAUUUUUUUAAAAAAAUUUAAUAAUAGGAAGUUAUUAGAAAUAUUUAGCUUUUCCCCCCUGAAUUGGCAUGGUGGUUUGGAUCAUUCCAAUUUAGUGGUUCUUAGAGCAAAUGCACAGAAAUCAGUGGAACAAGUCAGGCAGGAUAAUGGCUAAAUGGAUUUCACUGGGUCAUUUUAAAUGUGACUAAGUUAGGAUCCAACUAAAUAUUUGGUAGAAACAAAAUCAAAAUCAGAUUUAACCAGGAUUGUUCUAACAACAGUCCUGUUUCUGGAAUUGUCAUGAAAUGAAUGACUCAUAUAGACGGAUACUGCUUCACCCUUCAUAUAGCACAGAUUAAGGUUUACCCUCCUACAAAGCAGUCCAGUUCAAGAUAAUGAGAUUACUCUGGAAAAAAAACUGCAUACGAGGAUCUGAUUCAUUAAUCUUUCUCUACUAAACAUGGAUUGGCUGUUGCACUUUGUACACAUUACAAACAAAGAUAAAGAUCCGUAUUUUGAUAUAGAAACUGCAAAAAUAUUUGCUAUGCAAUUAAUCAGUGGAUCACUAAUUAGUCCCCAUGAAACCUGAGAUGUUUAUAGAUCUGAACUAGCACCACUGUUUCCCAACACUUCAAGCCCUAUUGAGCACCCACAGUAAUGAUAUGUCAAACCCACUAAUACAAAGACAUGGAUCACAGGCUUGGCAGUUUUAGUUGAAUGGAGGUUUCAAAAAUGUCAGUCAAUUAAUUGAAGUUUUGCUGUGCUCUGUUUGUGGCAAAAGUAUUUCAUGCAUGUCUCAUUGGCCCUAUUGUUUUGUUUAAAAAGAAAAACCUCUUGCAAAUGUAAGUUAAUGUCUGUGGCCUUGUUCUCUCUUAUUCACCAUGUGUAACAAAUAUUUAUUGUACAGUAUAUUUAUAUAAUUUUAUGGGAUUUUUUUGGAAAAACAAUUGAAUCUGGCAUUAAAUCUUACAGGCAUCUGCGUCACAUUGUAAAUAUAAUUAAGCUAUAUUUA